AUGAUGAACAGAGUUUGGAGCUUCCACUGUUCUGUCAACCUAUUUUGGCUUUGUAUCUUCUUCUUCUACCUUAUUGGCCAUGGAUUCCCGAUGGUAAUCGAAUCUGCUGAAGACGAGACCCCAGUAUCUGAUCUUUUGAAUCGAGACCAUUGGAGGGAGAUAGCUGGAUAUGGUGAGGAGAGACUGUCCACUGUUUUGGUCACGGGCUCUGUUCUUUGUGAAGCUUGUUUGCAUGGUGACGAACCUCAAGUUCAUGCAUGGCCUAUUAGAGGUGCUAUGGUGGGUGUGAAUUGCCACAACACUGGAAAAAAUAGCAAAUCUUCUGAUUGGGUACAUGGAGUCACUGAUGAAUUUGGAGACUUUGUUAUUGAUAUUCCAUCCCGUCUGCAUGCAACCCAAAGCUUCGAAAAUGUCUGCUCCAUCAAGAUUCUUCGAACACCGAAGAACACACACUGUCGACCUGCUCAUUUAGCUGGAAGAAAGCAGCUGCAAUUAUCGUCGUUCGGUGGUGGCAUCCGUACAUAUACUUCUGGCGUCCUCAGGCUGCAGCACCAAACAUCCAGACCCCUGCAAGCUUGUAGAAAUGAGGGGCGGAGUGGCCGUCAGACCUCAUGGUAGACACAAAACUAAUAAAGUGAAUGAAUUAUUGGUUGCUGAUGUCAAGAUAUGGCUCAUGUAGAUGGCGCUGAAGUCACAACGAUGAGUUAUUUGUUUGUAGAUAGCACGAUAAAUUGAGUUUACAUUGAUAUGAAUUAUUGUGUAUAGAAACAUCUAGGUAAUACACCAAUCUAUUUCAUACCAUAUAUGACAUAUGGUAUGAGUGCAUCCAGUUUUCCACAGUUGAAUUUACUCACAAGGUUGUAAUUUUACUCAUCAAAAAUCAAUUGGGAGCCAAAGAGAUCUCAUGUGUUUUCUAACAAA